CAAAAAUAUUUUAUUAAAUGUAUAUCUCACACCAAGAAAUCUUCCAGUUUUACAAACAUAUAUAUAUAAAAACGCCGAUAGAAGACAUUUAAUGUUUUGCUCAACAUUGAAAUUUAGUGAUCAAUGGCACAAACCCCUCUAUAUAGAAUGAAGACGUGCCUCAUCUGGUGCGUAGUCCUUUUAAACAUGGUGACAAGGUAUUGCACAGAACCAGACCCACCUUGACCUAAACUAUUUGUAAUCCUAAGGGAACGAUCCUAUACACAAGAAGUUGGUGUAUAGCAGGCUGGCAUGAAUUUACACCAGAUCCAAAUUCCGUUCAGCAGCGGGGCUACUGCUGGCUCAGUCGGCCAAAGCCUGGCAGAGGAAAACAAGCUUUUUAAAUAGUGUUUGAGUUACACCAUCCUUUCUGCAGGCAGAACUUCUGCCAGGUUGCCAGGUCACAAUACUAGGUUGAACGGACUUAGAAUCCAACCCAAGUAAAACUCUGCUUUUUCAGGGUUUAGGCCACUUUAAGAUCAAUAUCACCUGCAUUAAUAUGAGUUAUGUUUACACGAAGCAGCUUUUAAUUAAUUAACUAAUUAAGCAGUGUAUGAAUAUUAUGGAAUAACUGAGUGUAAAAAGCCUCAAAUCAGUUUACAAAACAGUAAAAACAAGAAAAAGUCACAACCCUACUUUAAAACAUACAAGAGUUAAAAAUACCUAAAACAGAUUAGAAUUACCUCGGUGCACAACGCUGGCAUUUUACUUAGAAUUGUCCGGAUGGAUUUCGAAUUCCGCUUCUAGUUCCGCGCGAGAACUUCCACGUGAUGAAGCGAAGGAACCCCGCCUCCCGCGCUCGCAGGGAGCGUGGCGCCGCGCUUAGAGCGCCCGACGGCCACCCGGGAGCCCGGGGUUCGGAUCCCGCGAUGGACGGGGCUCACUCGGCGGUGCCCUCGGGGCCAGUGGCCGCCUCAUUCAGCCUAGCCUGCCUCGCAGCGAGGGCUCUCGGCGGGGAGGGAGAAAUGAACGAGCGAGAGAAGAGACAGCAGGGCCGCCGCCGCCGCCAGAGCGGAGCAGCUGCUCCCCCGCGACACGCUCUGCGCAUGCCUGGAUGAAAAGCCCCGCGUGCGCAGCGGCGCAGGCGCAUUCCCUACGGACGCUGCCUCAGAAGUGCAGCAGCAGCGGACGGAAGUGACGUCGGGACGCCUGGCGCUUCCGGUGUGAAGAAGAAGAAGCAGCUCUGAGGGGGCAGAAGCGAGUGAGUGGCCGACCGACCCGCCGAGUGGCCUCCCUACCUUCUCGCUUCUAGCCUCUCGCCUCGUUGCCGGGAAAGGCCGAGGGAGGGAAGCCGGGGGGGGGCGUGACUCUGGCUCUGCGGGUGGGGGGAGAGGAGCGCCGGGGCCUCUUUCGGGGCCCUUCGGGAGCAACUGACGGGGGGCGCGUGAAGGGGAGGGGCCGCCGUCCCCUGCCCCCUCCCCCCCGCGCGAGCGGCCCCUGCAAGCCAGCACAGGGGGUUAAAGGGAGUAGGUGACGUCACUUCCCCUCCCCCCCUCAGCCCCUGGAGGGAUUCAUCCUGUCAGUUCUUUCAUUUCCUUGUUUGCCCUCAAUCUAACGUGGGCGCCGUGGGUGUCCCUGAAGCCUGGCAGCAGUUAGGGAGGCGCGCGAGAAAGUGGAGGGAGGGAGUUCCCUGCCCCGAGGAGCUUACAAAACGAGCGAACUUGGUGACGUUCCCUUUCUUCAGGUUGAGGGUUAGCUGUUUUUGGUUGUCGUUUUUGACCAUGCUCAUGGUGUUUCAGAGGGAGAGUGAUGUAGGCGAAGCGUACAGGUAAGCUCGUGCUGCUGUGGAGCUCUGCCCCAAGGAGCUAACAUUGAAACAAAAAGUGGUUGGUCCUUCGGCUGCUCCUGAGGGAGAGGGCUAUCGCCACAGUGGCUCUGCUCUACCUGCACGUUCAGAGGCAGUAAUGCUUCUGAAUACCAUUUGGGGUGAGGGCUCCUGUGCAUGAAUGCGGCUUGUGGGUUUCCCUGGUGGGCCAUUGGGUUUCCUCUGGUUGGCCACUCUGAGAACAGGUUGCUGAACUAGAUGCACCCCCCCCCCCAAUUGGCCUGAUCCAGCAGGGCUCUUCUUAUGUUCUUAUAGAAACUGGGAGGGGAAGAUGCCCUUAUGCUCAGGUCUUGCCUGUGGGCCUCCCAUUGUGACAUCUGGUUGGCCACUGUAAACACAUAAUACUGGACAAGACGGGCCUUUGGACUGAUCCAGCAAGGCUCUUAAGUUCAUUCAGGUCAAAGGAUUCAUAAUAAUAAUAGUAAUAAUUAAUUAUUGAUAGCAGGGUAUGAUGUUAAAACAACUUAAUAAUAAUAAUUUUAUUAUUUAUACCCUGCCCAUCUGGCUGGGUUUCCCCAGCCACUCUGGGCAGCUUACAGCACAUAAAAAAAUUCUAAAACAUCAGACAUAAAAAAAUUCCUGAUACAGGGGUUAAAAGUGUUUCAGAGCAGGAAUGACUUGACCGUUUGGCCCUGAAGGCUAAAAAAAAGGAGCCCCUUGAGUUUUCAGCCACAAGCCUGGCCUCUGCAACUGAAAAACCCUUGUCCUCUGUCCCAGCCAACCACACUUCUGAAGGUAACAGGACAAUGAGCAAGACCUCUGAUCAUCAUUAAUGGCCAGCAAACUCGUGGGAGAUGAUGAUCCUGCUAAUAACCUGACCCCAAACCACUUACAGGUUUACAGUUAGUCACUAGAAUCUGGAAACUAAUUGGAAACCAGCAGAGAUCACAUAAGAUGCCUGAAGAACUGAAUAAAAUGUGAAGGAGGAAAAAAAUAAUUUUAGCUUUUAUUUUUAACUUGACUAGUUGGUAUUGUAUCCAUUCUGGUUGCUCAAUUUACAUAUAUUGUAUUCAUUCAUUGUAGUGAUAUUUAAUGUUCUAAAGUACUGAGAAAGUACAGAGGAGUGAAAGCCAAGCCUUGGAGUGGUGGUCAGUGUUAUGAUGCAAAAAAAAAUUUAAAAAAAAUCAGACUACAACAGCAAACUUUAUCCCAUCUUUUUCACUUUCAUUUUGCAGUGAUCAGGGAAAAUAUGGCUGCAGAUUGGCUUGGAAGCAUUGUCUCAAUCAACUGUGGAGAGAGCCUGGGAGUCUAUCAGGGAAGAGUGUCUGCUGUGGAUCAGGUCAGCCAGACCAUCUCCUUAAAGCGGCCUUUCCAUAAUGGUGUUAAAUGUUUGGUACCAGAGGUCACCUUCAGGUAAAUGGCCCAUCUGUCUGCUUUUUCUAGACUCUGACCAUUUAAGUGUUUGAGUUUUCGAGACCAACCAUGAAAAACUGCCAUGAGCUGGUGGGGGAGAGGGGCACUGCUGAUAUGUUGUUCACAACCACAUUUUCUUAUUCCCAGGAUUUUGGCUGAUGAUGCCAAAUCAGUACAUAAACCAGGAGCUGAGGUGCUCUUAACCUCCAGGCCAGAUUAGGCUCAUCGCUGCCAUGGUGCAGUUUCUCCACUGUAUCUGCAAUACCUCUGCCUUGCUGUCUUUUCUGUCUGUCUGUCUGCCUCCCUUUCAUAUUCUCCACAUUGCAAUCCAGCUGUCACAAGAAGAAAAUGAGAGGGAGAGAGACCUGGAGCCUGGCAAGUGCACAUGCAUGUAGGUCAGAAACCCAACCAUGGAGCACAGUAUCACUGGAAAAACCCUUUUAAGUGCUGUUGUCCAUGCUCUGGCCCCAAGUCCAUAUGUUUCCUGCCUGGCUAUCAGUCUCUCUCAUUCUCUUUGCAACAACUGGAUUGUAAGUUGGGUGGGGGAAGAAACAACAACUUCUGGUGCCUCUAUAAACAGUGAAGACUUGCAGGGAUUGUAGGGAAUGAUAUGGGACCAGGAGGAUUGGUACCAGCCCCUUUCAUAUGAAUGGAUGUAAGAGAGAAUGAAUGGAUUAUGUAGCAGCGGAUGGGUGAAGUAAGUAACAGGGAAGGAUUGGCUAAGACGCUGCCCACUUUGGCUUCAGCCCUGCCCAUCACUGUCAUGCAGCCCCCGAAAGAUAAUCCCCAAGGAGCUUUGCUCCUACUCCAAUGUAAAAAACAUUUCUUUUUAUUGGAACUUUUCUUAAAUAAAUGGAUACAUAUCACAUUUGAAAAACUGGAGCCAUCUCUUAAAAGAUCUUGAUAUACUGGCUGGUAACUGGCUAGACAGUUAAAAACAAAUCUUGGUGAUGAUACUUGCAUGCCUUCUUGUUCAUAGUAGUUGUUUUUUUCCCUUUUUAGCAAACUCUUUUAAAAAAUCCACCCCAAACAUACUGAAUUUCCUUCACACUAACAAGUGUGAUGGUUGGGGGUGCAAAGAUGUUCAUUGAGCUAGAUGCUUCUGGCUGAUUCCUUGGAUACUGGUAUCUACAGUUCCUCCUGGCAGCCCACUGUGCUUGCUAGAGAUCUUAAGUGAAUUUUAUCUCUCUUUCGUAACACUAUGAAUGUCACCCAAUGCAGCUGAAUGUUGGAAGAUUCCAACUCUACAAUUUUAUAAGUCUUUUCUUAAAUUGUGGCAUCCAGAGCUGGACACAGGACUCCAGGUGUGGUCUGACCAACGCGGAAUGGAGCGGGACUGUUACAGUGGUACCUCUAGAUACGAACAGGAUCCGUUCCGGAGCCCCGUUUGCAUCUAGAAUUAAACGUAACUAGCGACGGCGUGUCUGUGCACGCGCACGUCGCUUUUCACCGCUUCUGCACAUGCGCGUUACAUCAUUUUGAGCAUCUGCGCAUGCGCAAGCAGCGAAACCCGGAAAUAACGCGCUCCGUUACUUCCGGGUUGCCGAGGAGUGCAACUCGAACGCGCUCAACUUGAAGCGUAUUCAACCCGAGGUAUGACUGUACUUCCCUUUUUUGCUGCUGCAUCACACUGUUGACUCAUGUUUAGCUUCUGAUCUACGAAGGCCCCUAGAUGUUUUUCACAUGUACUACCAGCAAGCCAAGUGUCGUCCUAUCGUAUAUUUCUGCAGCGGGUUCUGCCUGCUUAAGUGUAGAGACUGACAUUUGUCCCUAUUGAAAUUCAUUUUGUUAGUUUUGGCCCACUUCUCCCAUCUUUUAAGGUCAUAUUGAAUCCGGAUCCUGUCUUCUCCGGCAUUAGCAACCCCUUCCAGUUUGGUGUCAUCUGCAAAUUGGUUGAGCAUCCUCCUCCUUCCUUCAUCUAAGUUAUUUAUAAAGACAUUUAACAACAUUGGGCCCAGAACAGAAUUUGUAUUUGUAUACAGUGGUACCUCGGGUUACAGACGCUUCAGGUUACAGACGCCGCCAACUCAGAAAUAGUACCUCGGGUUAAUGACUUUGCUUCAAGAUGAGAACAGAAAUCGCACAAUGGUGGCACAUCUAAUACAUGUUAAAUUUACAAAAGGCCGCAAUAACAAGUGUUCCGUGGUGAAAUGAAAUUUUUGUACCAAGAAGCAAAAUUCUGUGGCAAGGUUUCUAAACUAUUGUCAUUAGAAUGCUACAACUUGCUUAGCGUUUAGACAGUUAGGUCUGCAUUGCCUGCAUCUUGAUUUUUUUUACCCCUAUCUUUGCACUCCUAAGGACUGCAAACUUAGUAAUAUUAGAGAAAAGGAAAAAAGAAAGCUAAUAUACUGUGAAUGAUGAAUUGGUUUCCCAGUACCAAGUACCUGUGCUGAGUGCCAGCACGAAAUUCACGCAACCCUUGUAAUGCUCCACCACCAGUAAUACCGAGCUGAAGAUACCAGUGUGAUAGUCUGAAAGCUGAAUUUUUAGACUGAAAUGGAAGAAGUUAUACUUUUCGUUAUUUUCCUCCACCCACUUGGAUUUCUUCCUAAUGUUUCAUUUUUUGCUUCAAAUCUAAUGAAUGUGUCUAAAAUUUCAGCUAUGAAACUUCUAUGAUGAUAGGCAAUAUCCCACUGAAUGCCAGUCACUGGGUGGAAACAACCAGCUCAGUUAUUGCCUUCACACCUUGUUUCUGAGCUUCUCGUGAGCCUCCUGUUCAUCUCUGUGGGAAAUGUGUGCUAGGCUGGAUGGGCCUUUGGCUAGCAGGGCUCUUGUAUACUCUUUCUCCUUCCCUUCCUUCUUGUCCCCAAAUAUUAGAGUAGUUCUACCAGGGGGUAUUGACUGUAUGGUAUGAUGUAUUGAUGUGCAUUAAAAAAUUGCUAAUAAUUUUUCAGCAUUUAUAAUAUAACUGAUGGCUUGAUGAAGCCUGCUUAUGUUUCAUGAUGUGAUCAAUUUGAAAAACUGGCUCUUUUCUCAUAUCUGCUUAGCAUAUGCCAAUUCCUGAAAAUUUGAUGGUACUUAGUUUUUUGUGGUUAUUGCCUCUUGUGUAACUGAAGUAUCUGUUCUUACUGGCACAGCUUCUAACACAUUUUCACACCUGCUAAACUUGUCAGCUAGCUGGUUUUGUGGUGCAAUAGAUCAGGGCUGGAGAAGCUGUCCAAGAUGUUGUUGGACCCUUAUCUCCCAUCAGUGUUGGUUAACAUGGCCAUAGGUCUGGAAUGAUGGGAAUUGGAGUAUCCUGGUAUCUGGAGGAUCACAGCUUCCCUACGCCUGAUGUAGAGGUAAGCACUAUUGCAAAAUCACACCUUGUUUGGGCCUCUUCCUUUCGUUUAGGGCAGGUGACAUUACUGAACUGAAGAUCCUGGAGAUUCCAGGCCCUGGUGAUAAUGGGCAAUGUGGAGACUUUCAGCACACUGACCUUUGUAUUCCUGGCAUUGGAUGUCCAGGGGGUACCAGCCAGAAUGGCCCCGGCAAAUUGCUGAAGAAACCUGGUGCUUCUAGUAGUGCCCCACAGAAUAUUCCCAGGCGAACAGACGUUAAAAACCAGGAGGUUGCCAUUUCUCCCCAGCAGCAGCAAUGCUCCAAGAGCUAUAUGGACCGGCACAUGGAGUCCUUGAACCAAUCCAAAGGCUUUCGCCGGAGGCACAACUCAUGUGAGUACAUUGGCCACAUAAUACUCUUCUUUCUCUUUGUCCUGAGCAUGCCUUGUUACUGCCAUUCUUGUACCCAUUUCCCUAUCUGGGAGCUGAGAUGGGGCCUGUAAGCUGGAAGUACAUUUAGAAAUCAGGGUAUGAAGCUUUGUUGCUUAAACUGUUUUUAAUUCUGAAUCUUAAAUUGUUUGUUUAUUUUAUUUUAUUUGUUAGGUUUAUAUACCACCCUUCAUCAAAAGUUCUCAGGGCGAUUCGCAAGAUAAAAAUGCAAGAUAAAAGCACAAAUAUUUAAACUGGAAGCAACAAAACAAUGACCCUCCAAGCACAUUUAAAAUGUGUUGUAAUCUGCCUGGGGGUCUUCUGAAGAGCAUAUACUAAAUUUAAAACAGUAUAUAAAUAUAUACAAAUGCUCAAAAGGUGGGUUCUAGCAUUGGCUUACGGGUAAUCUACUUUUACCAGCCAAUGUUUGGGGAGGGUUACAGAGCUUCCUUUCAGAGUAGCGUACUGACAGCUUCCAAAAUUAGUGGUAACUCUUGUGCUCCCAUUUCCCCUUCCUGGAAUGGCAUGAGUUUGAUAUACGGUAAUGGAGCAUGCUAGCAAGGGAAGAGAGCCUCUUGCUGGCAAGACAUGUUUUGACUUACCUGCCAGAUUCCAGUCCUGAGGCUGGGCAUGUUAGCAAGGAAACAGGACCACAUCAUUCUCAUGCCCCCCAGUCCCUCUUUUUUGUCUAGCCUUCCAUCAGGAGAAGACUUGGGAUUGCAGCACUCAGAUAAGAAAAGGGAGCCUUCCCUUUGCUAGUGCACUCCAGCGGUCAGUCUGCCCACCUGUCUUCCAAAGGUGACUGAGCAGCUGUACUAAGACUCAUUUAAAACAUAAUAUCUGUCAUUCUCUUUUGUGUCAUGCCCCACCCCCAACAUAAAAACCUCCACCCUGUUUCAAGUGCAGAGAGAAGGAUUUAACAGCUGUGGGGUGGAAUAAGAGAAGGCAGUUCUGUGAUAGGUUUGCCCAUUCUGGCUGUAAUGAAAUGCCAUUUGUGAAGCUAGGCCUGUUUUCUUUGCAGAUGUCCUAGGACUCGUCCUGACAUACUUGAUGAGGCUUUUAUGAUGUCAUCAACUUGACCAUAAAGGCUCAUUAACAUUUGCCUUGUGGGCAAAUAGUCAUGCUCAUAGUAUUCCUGCUUGCAGGAGUGUUUGGUCUGCAGUGGCUUAAGUGAGAAAUGCCAGGUAUCAGCUAUUCAUGUUUCAUGCUCCUGUAAACGGCCGUGUAAUAGGUGACUGUAAUGCCUUCAGAGCAAUGGCUUUCAGUACUUUAGUAACUAUCUUUUUGUUAAUCCUUCACUUUGAAACUGCUCUUCCCUUUAACUUGAAUCUUACUUCUAGUCAAUGCUUGAAUGUUCCUUAACUGCAGAUUAUAACCACCAAUGUGUGUCUGUACCUACCUCUGCAAAUGCGCCAAGCUGUGAAAACCAAAUCUCGCUUCUUUAGUUUAAACUUGUUUGUCCCAGUCUUUCUAACUUGAAUCACUUGCUUAUUCUAGUUUCCUAAUAAGUUCUAUAAAACUGAGUUUGAAGGGAAGAAGAUCUGGAUCCCUUUAUAUGUUCUCUAAAAACCUCCCAUCCAUAGUUACUGUCAGCCAAAUCAGAAAGGAAAGUUUAACUGAACAUUAAGUUUAGUUUAGCAAGAUUACCUAGUGAGUGGGAGUGCAAAUGCUUUACUGACAAUUUCCCUGUGUUCUGCCAUUGCUGCAACUUAACCACUUGUGGUAAAAAAACCUUUUGAUCAAAUAUAACUCAGGAAUGACUCUUAUAUUGAGCACCAAAGAAAUUGAGCACCACCAUUCAUGUGGGGGCUGUAACAUGACUGCCUUGAGAUGGCGCAAACAUUAAGCCUAAACUAUAACCUUGUAAAUUAGAUUGCUCUAAGGACAGGUGAGGGGCAGUUAGGACAAUGCAGGAAGGGACAUAAUUCACAGGGAGAAUGUGUGCCUUAACCGCAAAGAAUAAACAGAUUUAUUCCUUGGCAUCUUUAGAUAAAAGGAUCUUUGGUAAUAGACAUCUAUCUAAGACCCCAUAAAGCUGUUGCCAGUUAGAACAGCAGAUGCUGCGCUAGGUGCAACAGUGACCUGGCUAAUCUAUGACAGCUUCUUAUACUUAUUCACUUCUCUUUGGUCCUGUGGUGAAAAUAAGCAGUGUUUCUAGAUCAUCUCCUUUUCGAAUCAGUCAGUGUUGGAUGGAUGGAUCCUGUCUAGUUUCCCGACUAUAUUGCCCAGUCAGGGUUGCCUAGCUUUCAAGGGAGAAAAACAUUUAACAGGUUGCGGAGAGCACAAGCUAUGCAAAUAUCCAAAGACUGGUUCAGCUGUUUUCUUUGCCACCUGUACCUGCACUGUGUAUCCUCGUUCUAGGCUAGAAUCUUGGGCAUGAGGUUAAAUAGUCUAGAAGAUGCUGGCUGUGAAAACCCAAGGCAGGUGAUGGUGCAGUGUGGCUGAGUGUUAUUAUUGUUGGAGGUGGUCCCCUGCAUUGAGUGAGCAGCUGUUGACCUUUAGAUGCCCUGUAGCGUGCAUGCUGAAGGCAGGGGCAAAGUUACCUCUUUAUAAUGCUUGUGCAAAAGGAAUCAAUAAAUAAUAGCAUUGGGGUUACACAACAAUGAGUUGCGUGCAGGGCUGGUACUCCCUGCUUCAGACUGGGGUUGGCAGGGCAGCCUUGGAAAGGGUUUUGCAGGAAGGCAGACGGCUUGCCAGAGGCUUCAUGUGCUCGGCUUGUUGGCUGUAAUGACUGAAUCUGUCUGGGAGCCCUUGUUUACCUUUUCCAAGGGAGGGACUCCUUGGCUGCUGGCAGGUGGCCAAACUGAAUUCUCAGCUGUGCAACAUCUGACAUUACAACCAACUGUUCUAGAGGUAAGCUAGUCCAUAGAGGAAAUGCAAAUGGCCCACUGAAGGCAAGCCCCUGUGAAGUCUGCUUAUCAGCCCAUCUACUGUUUUGACUGUGUUUAGCUUGGCUUAGAGGUUUUUUGUUGUCCCAGCAUUUUGACUGAUUGCAUUGUGCUGUGUGGAAGAGGCCCAGCUUUACCCACUCUUAGUGGUAGGCCUGCUGAGCAUGUGCAGGCUACACUUGGAGUAGUGUAACAUAGCCUUGGUUGGAACACCACAUCACACACCUCUUGAAGUCCUGAGUGGUGUAGGAAGGUUGUAAGUGCUUGCUCAGAGCAGCCAUUCCUUUUACUGCCCACUGGAUAUAAUAGUAUUGGUAGGGCAGUUAAUUGGUAGCUACUCACAGUGGAUCCCUUGGUUUUGUGGCAUAGCUUCCAGUUGUGAAAAGAGCAUGCAUCCUGUUUAUUAGAUUACUCACUCCAAUUGCUUUUCCUUAUGUAGACCCAAAAGCUUCAUGCAACCACCAUCCCUGUCCACCUAUGUCAAAAAUAUAAGCCCUUUCAGAGCUUGACUGGUCCUUCAGGGACGUAACAACAUAUUUAUGGUGGCCAAGUUAUGCAAGUGAUGUCGCUUUUGGUUGCAGCUGUCAGCAAGUUUUCAGAACUGGCUGUCAGGAGGGUGGAUUACAUGGCUGACCUCCACAAUCACUGUGUAUUUAACUCUGGUGGAGCUGGAGCUUGGCCUUCAUUCAGGAUGUCUCAUGGGAGCCCAUAGAGAGUGUUCUGACUAUUGUUUUUCCUGCUUUUGUGGCUUGUUUUGUUCUGUCAGCAUUUAGAUUCCUGGCAGGCUGUCCACCCAUACCCUUUGGAAUUAGCCACUGUGGGUGUUUUUAUGUCCUUGUUUUUUGAGGGGGUGACAGAGCUGUGAAGUAGAACACAGUUUAUUUGCAGAUGAGUCUGGAAAUAUCUAAACACUCAGUUUGGAGCUGGCAGCAGCAGAGUAUACAGGCAGCCCCCCAUUUACACAGGUGUUAAGUUCCGAGGCACCGCAUGCGUCUGAAAUCAUGUAUUGAAACCCAUUGAAAAUGCCUGCAAACAUCCCACCCUGCUCUUUUAGUGAUGUUUCAGUGUCGUCUUUAUGAUGUUUCUGGGUCACUUCUGGGUUCAGUGCGAUGCAUGUAUACAGGCCUAGGCAAACUCAGCCCUCCAGAUGUUUUGGGACUACAACUCCCAUCAUCCGUAGCUAACAGGACCAGUGGUCAGAGAUGAUGGGAGUUGUAGUCCCAAAACAUCUGGAGGGCCGAGUUUGCCUAUGCCUGCACGUAUACAUAGUUGCACACAUUUUGAAUGCACGUAAACAGGGGGGCUGCAUGAUUGAGCUGACCUCUUUCUAUCAGGUGCCUCCAUGGGUGACUGUGCUUUGCUUUUCUGAACUCAUGCUGUUGGAUGAGGUAAGGGUGGAAAUUUAGGGGCUGGAGAGACCAGGCAAGGUCUUCCUGGAAAACAAGUGUCAAACCGUUUCCUAGAUGUCCAUAACUUUUGGUUGGCCUUGGUAGCCAAGCCAAAACUUGAGUUUGCUAAGAUCUUUCCCUGUGCCAUUCCCCCAUGUGAUAAUCCCCUGCUCUUUUCCCAUUUGAAAGUUGGUACUAGGAAGAGUGGCAGUGGGCUUCUUGGUUUAGCUGUGUGCCAUCCAUAUGCUCUAAAUGUCUCUGGCAGUGACUCCCAGAGAGCCAUGGGAGAGCAAGACAAUACAGAGCAACUGGGCAAGAUCAACAGUUUUUCAUUGAUAAUGCUUGAGUCAAUGAGGCAGAGUGAACUAUGUUCUGAAAGAAACAAGAAUAGGCUGGUCAGACAGACAAGUCUCAUGCAGUGUUAGAAACUCGGAUGUAUAAGCUAGGCGUCAAAUAGCAUCCUAAACCUAGGUUACGGUCCCCAGGAAGUUAGACUAGAUGACCCUCAAGGCCCUUCCAACGCUACAAUUCUAUGAUUUUGUGAUGCCAACUACAUUGCCUGACUGUAGUUUGCUCUUAAUACAAUUCACAUGUCCCUGUAUGCAAGGAGAAACACACACCGUGGAAAUGGAAACGGUGUAAACUAUAGACUAAGGCAGAGGUUUUUAAAAUGUUGUCUGAGUUCCAUUUGGGUGUCCUUUGGAAAGGUUGCAGAACAGUCAAAUAUCUUUGCACUCAGCCCUGCACUUACUUUCCUUGAUGUGAUGAUAGAGGACUGAAUUGUCAAAAGCUUAACAAGGCUCUAGCCCAGGCCUCAUAAUGCAGUGCUGGUUUUGAUCAGGAUAGAAAAAAAUGGGAAGGGGCAGCUCUUCUUCAAGGAAGAAGGGUAGGGGGAUGCAGGGUGGCACCCACAUGAAAAGUGGGUGGGGCCACCCUCACACUACAGUUAAGUGGACCUGGGGAAGCCGAGCCAAACCCGUGGCAGAGGUGUCCUUCCUCCACUGCGCCUGGAAAGAAUGUGCCACCGCUGCCCUGGUCUACUGCCAGAGCCCAGCCUGACCCUGCAGUGCAGAAGUGCUUCUCAGGGCGGCCUGGGUGGCCCAGCAUGGCUGUUUUGAGGCACCGAGAAACUGCCUCACGAGAGAUGGGUGCGCAGGGCUGAGCAAGCUUGGCGAUGUAGGCCCAAGGAGAAACACGCUUUGCCCUCUUUCCUCCUAGGCAUGUUUGCUUGGAAGUAAUCCCCUCCAUGUCCAGAGGAGCUUUCUUACCCUCAAGAAAGUGUGCCUAGGAUUGCAGCGCAAAGUUUGCUACCAUGCGAGCCAGUUAAUUCUUGUGGGAGUACAGAAGAACAAUACGUGCAUCUUCUGCUGCCCAUGAAUCAGCUGGCUCGUUGGAGAUAUCAGUUGCCAACCUGGUGCUCAGAAAUCUACACCUGGUUACAAUUGGACCCACACCAGUAGAAAAAUGCACCUGGCGCUUGGGAAAUUUCAAACACUGGCCUUAUGGGCAGUUUGAAACAUAAUGUGGUGGGUGGCUUUGCAUCAUUUGGCAAAGUAGUCUAGAAUCCAUCUUGUGCAGUCGACAGUUUGUGUUCUUUGUUUUCAUAAACAUCUGCUUUCCUUGUUGACUAAUCCUUGACUUGCCAUGUCCUUUACUUCAGGGUCCUCCAGUAGCCGCCAUCCAAACCAGGUGACUCCAAAGAAGAGUGGUGUGAAGAAUGGGCAGAUGAAGAACAAAGACGAUGAGUGUUUUGGGGAUGACAUUGAAGAAAUCCCAGAUACAGAUUUUGAUUUUGAAGGGAACCUGGCCCUCUUUGACAAGGCAGCUGUGUUUGAGGAGAUUGACACUUACGAGAGGAAGAGUGGGACUCGCUCAAGAGGCACUCCAAACGAGAGAUCUGCACGCUAUCGCCAUGAUGAGAAUAUCUUGGAAUCUGAGCCUAUCGUGUAUCGCAGAAUCACUGUGCCCCAGGCAAGCAAAGAAUUCUGCACUGGUAUGCUGGCUUUUUAAAAUUGAACACAGCGGCUUCUUUGAGGGAUGAUUUGAAAGGGAAUGUCUGUUUAAUACAAAUGUGGCUGUUCUGGUUUUUAUCUGUGCUGGGCCACUUGCUCUGUGCCUCACGGCCCUUUUUCUUUCAUGGAUUGGAUCAAAAACACUCCGUCUCCCACAUAGGUAGGUAAGCAUGCAAAGAUGUGACUGUUUAUGAGUGUUUGGCUUUAAUAUAGAACUUUCAGGGCUUCACAUAUAUUCACGUAAUCUUUACAGCAGCUCUACAGAGCAGGCCAGUAGCACCCCACAUUACAGGGGCUGAAGGGGCGUUGGCUGAUGAAGAGGGAUAGUGGGUUUGGAUCAGGCCAUGCCGUGACUUUCAUGGCUGAGGUGAGACUUGAAGGACUGGCCUCUUGGUUCACAGAUCAUGCCUUUAGCCACUGUGCUGCCCUAGCUUUUCCUUUUCUGGGCGUCUGUCCUUAAAAUACUUGCAUUCAUUGCAACUUUACUGCUAUAGUGGCUGCUGAUAUUUGGAUUGGAUUCAGCUGUUUUUGCCACCUUCUCUGAGCGAGGUUUGAAUCCAGGUCUCCCUGGUCCUAGCCUGACAACUUUAGCUCACACUUUCCAUAUGUUGUUGGACUCCAACUCCCAUCAUUCCCAGCCAGCAUGGCCAGUGGUCAGAAGGGAUGGAAAAUGUACUCCAGCAACUUCUGGAGGGCACCAGGUAUGUAGUGGGAGGGCAGGGUGCUCCAAUUGCUACACCAUACUGGCUGCCAGUGCUGGACCCAGAUGCAUCACUGAACCCUGAACCUUGGUGGCCUCCCAAACAGUUAGACAGUGGUGACACUGACCUCCUUUGCAAGCUACUGGAAGGAUUAUUGCAGAUAACAACAACAACAACAACAACAACAACAACAAUUUUAUUAUUAUACCCUAGCCAUCUGGUUGAGUUUCCCCAGCCACCCAGGGCAGCUCCCAACAGAAUAUUAAAAGCACAAUAAAACAUCAAACAUUAAAAACUUCCCUGAACACGGUUGCCUUCAGAUGUCUUCUAAAAGUCAGAUAAUUGUUUGUUUCCUUGACAUCUGAUGGGAGGACGUUCCACAGGGCGGGUGCCACUACUGACAAGGCCCUUUGCUUGGUUCCCUUUAACCUCACUUCUUGCAGUGAGGGAACUGCCAGAAGACCCUUGGAGCUGAACCUCAGUGUCCAGGCUGAACAAUGCAAGAAAGUGUUUCUUAUAAAGGAAGAAUGAUGCUUCUGCUUUGUUACUGUUGCUUGUAACUAUUAGGUGGCAUUGAUGGGGACAAGGCAAACCCCAAACAGCACAGCACUUCACAAGAGGAAAAGGAAACGAGCAGCCAUGAGGGUGGGAGGCAGGGAAGGAGCAGAACAAGGAAGGAGUGGGCAGUGUCCCUUCCAGUGUUCUACACCAGGCUGUGUGAGCUCGAUCUGCUUUUAUUACCUUAAUUAUGGAAUAAUACAAUCCACCUUCUAACACAAGUGUAAUUUGAGUCUGGCUUUGAUCCAGCCCUCAUUUGCGGCACUAUUGUUGUUUUCCAGAGUUACACGCUACCUCUUAGAUUGCCUUCCACCCUGAGUUUAUUUAGCACGGUCUGGUCUGGUUUUGAUAAGCCGGUCUGACAAGUUGUCCUUUGCGUGAGUGAGGAGAAAGGAAGUCCUCUUGGUACUUGCACGCUCAUGCCAAAGAUCAAUUAGGGCAAAGUGUAACAGAGCUCUUGCUUUGCUGGGAUUGCAUGCAACAAUGCUGUGUAAUCUCACACCUUAUCUCUCCCUCCACUUCAAACAACAUCCCCUUGAAUGGGGGAGAGUGGAGCAUGGAGAGUUCCCAAAGGCAAACAGACACUAGCAGAGUGGGCACGUGGUGACACCCAUGCGGGUCCUCUUUUCUUGCAGGUUGUGGUGCCCACCCAGCAAAAACAAAAUGCAUCCUUUAAAUGUGUGCAAUCCUGCAAAGAAGUUCUACACACAGAACAGUCCCCUUAUGCAGCUCCUAUUUAUUUCAGCAGAUCUUGCUCAGGAGAACAUCUCAAUGUGAUGGUACUUCUGUCAUCCCUGUUCGGAUGUUUCCUUGAAAUAAGUUGAUCCAAUAGUGCAUAGAACUGGUCUGCAGAUUUCUUAGAACUAUUUGAAACCCUCUCUUGAAAACCUUCUCUCUUAUCUGUUUUCAUGCCUUCAUUGAGCCUUUCUGGGACUUGCUGCCACAAGAUGUGAUGGCUACCAGCUUACAGAAAGCUUUGAAAGGGAAUUGGGCAAAAUUUAGGAUAGAUCUGAGCAGCUACUGGCUGUGAUGGGGCCAUGAAAUUUCCAUGUUUGGAGGCAGCACUGAAUGCCAGUUGCUGGGCAGGGCUGUUGCAUUCUUGCCUUGCUUGUGGGGCUUCCUGGAGACAUCUGGCCGAUCACUGGAGGAAACAGCACUCUGGUCUAGAUGUGCUGUUCAGAUCAAACAGGGCAGGGCUGCUCAUUGUUUUAUUUCUAAAAAUACUUAUAUGCCAUCACCGUUUCUAAAAUGUUCAGAACGCAGCUUCUUUAUCAGCUUUGUUGCAAAGUAACUGAGCCGGGGGGUGGGUUGAUUACUGUUACUAGGAAGGAAGGAAUAUUCCACAUGGUACAAGACACAGAAGUUGAAAGGAUCUGACAGGAGUUAGCCAAGGCCUGGUUAGAAAACUGUGUUGCAAAACUUGAAAAUCACCUCUGUGCAUCGCAGAUCAGGUAGUGUGAGUUCAAACCUGGGAAUAUGUUGCCCACCCCCAAGACAUAGCUGUCCCUUAAGCUAUUGCUAUGAGAGUCUUUGCUUACAAGCAAAACACUACUGCUGAACCUUGUUUGAAAAGCAAGGAGGCUGGUGAAUGCUGUGAGACUAGAUUGACUUUGAAUGUUCUGGGUUUUUUCUCCAGACUAUGGACCACCCUGAAGCUGGUUAAAAUAACACAGCAGCAUUAACAUGGGUGCUGCAUGCAAUAAAACUGAUUAAGGCAACACAAUUAUCUUAAUUGGUUCUUAACAUGCAAGGUCAAGUUGUGUAAAUCAGUUUGCCUUUCCCAUGUCGGUCACAGGGGCUGUUAAAAAAACAAACCGAAACCUUGACAUUUCAACUUCAGUUGGCCCUCCGUGGAGUGGGACUCUGCAGAGCUCUUUGUUUAUGUAGAGCAGGUGUAGCCACCAUGGGUGGACUGCCAAUCCCAUCAGCCCCAGCCAACUUGAACAAUGGUAAAGGAUGAUGGGAUUUGCAGUCCAAGAACACUUGGAGGGAACCCUGUUUUUGAGUGACUAGCCGCUUUUCUCGCAGGACUGAUACAGCCUCAUUUAAGGAUUCUGUGUUGCUAUGAUGACCUAACCAUCCUUGACUGGAAGAAUGUUCCACUGAUUUCAGUAGAAUGCAUACCCAAAGAAGGGUAGAUAAAGAGGAUGUGUGCCGUGUGGCCACUGCCUGUCAGAGCAGACAGCUCUGAGCUAGAUGCAGCAGUACUCUUUCCCUAUAAUAACAGCAUACACUGGGGUCACCCACAUGGCUGUGAGAAAACACACUCCUGUCUACUUACAUUUGGGACUCUGAUUGUACUUUGAGGUGAGUGUUUCUAAAAACAUGUGCAUGCGUGUGUCAUUGCUGAAUAUCUGUUGCGCUAAGCACAGCUAUACUGAAUCUUUAUGGUGAGAAGAGCUAGAGGAAAGCACAACAAAACACAUACUUAUGGAGAGCCAUAUCUCGGCGGUAAGAACUUAAGAGCCUACUGGAUCAGGCCAAUGGCCCUUCUAGUCCAGCACCCUCUUCUCACAGUGGCUGAACGGUUGCCUGUAGGAAACCUGCAAGCAGGAUUCGAGUGCAGGGGCUCCCCUCCCCUCGUGGUUUCCAGCAACUAGUAUUCAGAAGCAUUGCUGCAACAAACUGGAGGCUGAGCAUAGCCGUCAUGGCUAGUAGCCAUCAAUAGCCUUAUCCCCCAUGAGCUUGUCUAAUUUUUAAAAAUCACAUGAGUUUGGUGGCCAUCACUGCCUCCUGUGGGAGCAAGUUCCAUCGCUUUACCUGUGCAGUGCAUGAAGGAUGACUUUCUUGUAUCCCUUCCGAACCUUCCAACACUCAGCUUCAUUGGAUGCCCACAAGUUCUAGCGUUAGUGGUAGAGGGCUUGCUUUAUGUGCUGAAGGUCCCAGGUUAAGUCCCAGGCAUCUCCAGUGAAGUGAAAUGUAUAAAUUAUCUUUGCUUUCUUGUAUUGCACUCUAUUACAUCCUGCCUUUCCCCCAUCAUUGAACCCAAGGCAGUGUGCCUGUGGUGCCUGAUCAAGUGUCGAAUCAAAUCCCCCGUUCAGGCACUUGAUCAGACCUAGACAUGCUUUGUUCCAGUGAGGUGGUGGCCUCUGGUGCCUUCGGACCCAGAGCCCUUGGAACACGGAUAGCCAAGCUGGGAAAGGCCGCCUGAGACAUUGGAGUGCCCAGUGCCUUUCUAGAGUAGAUAGUGGGCUUAGAUAGGUUUGGAUAUAUGGCAGGGAAGGAUCACCACUCAGUGGCAGAGCAAAGGUUUAUUCCUUGCAGCUCAUGCAUCCUGCCCUGGGGAUGGUUCACUGUCUGAGACCAGGCAGUACUGAUCAAGGUGGGUCAACAGCUGGGCUUUAUAUAAAGCAGCUUCUUCAUACUUCAGAAGCUUCCGUUUACAUCUGCAUGAAGUUACAAAGGACUGAUGAGCACAGAUUACCGUAAAGCAUAUCAUGCUUCAUUUCAUUUCUAUAGAAUUUUGGAUCUUGAAGGUUUCAUCAGCAUUUUUUUAAAAGACAAUUCUAGGCACACUUCAAGGGGUAUGUGUGUGUGUGAUCUCACCAGAAACUUUGCAUUUUGAAUGUUACUAGAUGUUCCCCUUCUGUCUUCCCCAGUUUGCUGCACUAGCCUUUGGUAUCCUAUAAUCCCAAGACGUGACAUGCACACUUACGAUGCAAACCUCUCUCCUGUAGACUUGUUUCCAUGCUGGUGUAUAGAAAUGGGAUCGCUGACAGGUUAACUGAAAUUUAUGUGAGUUAUACAGCUGUUGGUUGUGUCUGUUUGUCCCAAAGCCUCUGGGCAGUUGGGUGACCAUGUUUAGAAUGGUCCAGUUCUUAAUGCAAAAAAUGAGCAUGUGAGUGCUGUCUCAGGCUCAGGCUCUGGACCUGAAGAGCAAUGCUGCUUUUGCCAAGCAUCUCCUAACAAAUGGCUCCCUCCCUUCUUCAUUUCAGACUCUGGGCUGGUCGUUCCAAGUAUCUCCUAUGAGCUUCACAAAAAACUUCUUUCGGUGGCAGAGAAAUAUGGGCUCACCCUUGAACGGAGACUGGAAAUGACGGGGGUAUGUGCCAGCCAGAUGGCUCUGAGUCUGCUCGGAGGGCCCAACAGGUAAAACACCUUUCCUAGAAAGUAGCAAGCCUCAGUGGAUUUUGCAGGCUUCCUGUGAAAAUCACAGAAUUCUAAAUGACAUGACCUGCCAUGCUGCAAGCCAGUCUAGCCAUAUGGCUAUUAUUGUGGAUUGGAAGCCUGGGUCUUGGCUUUCAGCUGUUCUUGGUUCCCUGCCAAUCAGACACAGGAACUGUGUUCAGGGUGUAAUUCCUUGUAGUGCCUGGGAUGGUUUUCUUUGUGAGGCACCUGGAGCUGAUUUGUUAACUCAUCCAGUGUCAUCUGCCUUGUUAGCUCUGGCUCAUGGCAGGCCUUGGCUUUGUGGAUGAAUUUCUACAAGGGCUUGAACUUACAUAGUCCUUGGGGUCCUUACACCUCUGACAUUCUGUGCUGGGCGUUUGGCUCUGAAAGAAACUAGCCAAGUUAGGGCUUUGUCCCUAAGAACUGACUCUUGGUCUACUUCGUCUGGAGAGCAGUUGUUCCAGUCCCUCCAUGCAAGAUUACCUCAGAGCGACCUGACCCAGGAACUUGUUUGGCAGUGAUGCAGCCUGGCUGAUUGCAAAGCAGAAGAGAAAACUGGAAGUUACACAGGGAUUGUGAGAUUUAAACAUGAGAUUUUUAUCUCCCUUGAUCAUCAUGAAAACAUUGUUAUUCCAGUAUUUUAAAAACCACUAAGCAGUUUCAUUAUUUUAAAACCUAGCUUCCUAAUCAGCAAUGCUGCGUUUUGCUAACACAUGCCCUUGUGACACUGCAAACCUUUGCAUGCUUAGUUGGAAGAAAGCUGCAUUUGAAUUCAGUGGUGUUUCUUUCUGAAUAAAGAGAGAAUUGUUUGGGAAAUUAUGGAGUGACUGAGGAGUUAUUGUGACUAUUGUAUGUCUUAACUUCUGAGCCUUGGUUGCAUGAAUCUUAAAUAUUUUGAAAGUAUCUCCUCUCCCAUUAAGAAGGCAAGUUUUUGUUUGAGGAAACUGCUUUUGAUGUUUAAGACCCUUUGUACAUCUAACUUUCAGGUUGAACCCCAAAAACAUUCACCAGCGACCCACGGUUGCCUUGCUGUGUGGCCCUCACGUGAAGGGGGCCCAGGGAAUCAGUUGUGGCCGGCAUCUUUCCAAUCAUGAUGUGCAUGUCAUUCUCUUCCUCCCCAACUUUGUCAAGAUGUUGGAAUCGAUCACCAACGAGCUGACACUUUUUAGCAAGACCCAAGGCCAACAGGUGUCCAGUGUCAAAGGUGAGCCGGGUGCAGCCAUGGAUAGUUUUUCUAAAUAUAUAGAAAUAACAAUUAUUUGCUAUAUUGCCAAAGCCUCAAGUCAGCUGAAUAAAGAAAGAUAAAAGUGUGCACUGGCCCAGUCCAUGUGUCCUGCCAAGCUAAAUCAUGGCUGCUUAGCACAAGCUCACAGCUUCCAAGAAAGGAAAUAGCAGUUGCUUUUCUGUUAGCAGAAGAAUCUAGUACUGCCGUCUCCCCUCCCCGCAGACUGAAGUGGUGCACUUUUGCCACUGCAUCCUGGCUUUGUAUAGGUUCUGGGGGUCAAGUGAUGGAGUGGGACAGGUUGUAGAUGCUAAUGUGAUCUUUGUGGGGCUGUGGAGGCAACCUCUAAUGCAGCAGCGCCAUCUACUGGCAAGGAGCUAAGCCAUUUUUAUACCCACUGGACUUGUAGGGAACACUUUAGUUGGAAAGAGGCGAGUUGGGUCAGUUGCACAAGCUGCUAACCAAAUCCUGGGGCUUUGAAAUACAUGCCUAUUUUAGACUUUAUUCCUGGGGCUUGAAAUACAUGCCUAUUUUAGACUUUAUUCAAAAGGAGUUUUGAAAAAGUUGUAGAGGACAGAUCUAUGGGUGGGUGUUAGUCCUGCUGUCUGUAAGGGACAUUCCUGUUCAUAGGCUGCCUGCCUUUGGGGCCCAGUUGUUAUAAGCAGGAGAGGAGCAUUGCCUGCAUGUCGUCUUCUGUGAGCCUCCUAGAAGCAUCCUGCAGGGCUCUGCUGACGGCUGGGCAGCCUGCUAGAAGAGUCUUGGGGAGGCUUUCCUAAAGUCCCUUAUAAGGUGUCUACUUGACAAACAUGUAAAGUGCUCUCUUGUUCCUCCCGCUCCCCAGAUCUUCCAGACUCACCAGUUGACUUGGUGAUAAACUGCUUGGAUUGCCAUGAAAAUGCCUUCCUGAGGGACCAGCCUUGGUACAAGGCUGCUGUGGACUGGGCCAACCAAAACAGAGCCCCCGUCCUCAGCCUGGACCCCCCGGUGAAUGACAUGGAGCAAGGGAUCGACGCCAAGUGGUCUCUGUCCCUGGGGCUGCCACUGCCCCUAGGUGAGAGGGCUGGGCGUGUGUACCUGUGUGACAUCGGCAUUCCACAGAAAGUCUUCCAGGAGGUGGGGAUAAACUACCACUCGCCUUUCGGCUGCAAGUUUGUCAUCCCUUUGCACUCUACCUAAAGUGGGGGGUGGGCUUUGGCCCCGAAGAGGAAAGUGGGGCAGAACCGCCUUGAACCGCACGACUGAUCCUGACCAUAUUAAAACUCUUUGAAGCCUUAAGGAUGUUGGAAGUUCUCAGCUGUGUUUCUUUCAAAAGAAAUAUCAGUAUUGAGGAGAACCAAGAGGGCUCGUGCUCCUCUGAGCCGUUGAUGCUCUCCUGAUGCCAUGAAGGAACGCAGAGGCAGCUGGUGUCUUCAACCAGCUCGGCAAGUUGGUGGUGGGAGGGCAGGGUGCGUGCUUGCUUACACAUGCAGGUGCCCCUGCCCGUUCAGAUAUGCAGCUGACAGUAUGGUUUCAUUUUUCCUUUCCCCCCCAGGACUGGCAGGGGACAUGUGUCCCCCUUGCUGAUCAUGUGGGAAUGAGGGCUGUCCUGCUGCCACCAGGGCACCCCUCUCUUGUGCAGCUACAGCCCCGUCUCUCAAGCUAUAUGGUACCUUGGCUUGCUCAGCCUAGGCAGGUGGUGGGAGACACCUACUUCUCCUGCUGGCAGCUUGAGAGUUUGUAGAGCAGCAAUUGUGUCUCUGAGCCACUGCCAGCACACACUUUUUUCCUUUUUGCUUAUUUGAGUGAAUGAUAAUGCGGUUGCAAUACUUGUGGCUUAAAAAGAAGACUGAGGAAGCAGACUCAUUGGUGCUGUUACUUGUGCUUCUCCACAAGUCGUGUCCUGCCAUCUUACUGUAGAAUUCACGUUGCUGGCGUCUGCUCCUUUUUUAAAAAAAAUACCUACUUCCCAGGGCCCGUGUGUGUGUGUGUGUGUGUGUGUAUGAGAGUGUAUGAGAAUAUUGAGACUGUCUAGCUGCCACUGGAUUUGAAACCCAUAGAAAAAUUCAUGUUCUUGAUGGUGGCACUGUCCUGUUCCCUCUCAAUAUGUCCAGAACAAGCACAUGGCUACACUUUUAAGUGAAGCAAUGAAAUGUGAUGGGGCUUUGUCUAGCGGUGCAGACCAGUUGCAAAGUGGCAUUGGAACAGAAGCGGCUUAAGAUUUAAAGGCCUGUGGAGUGAGACAAAUGGCCAAGCAAAGCCGCCUCUUCCUGCAUGUUGCUUUUGCACCGAUGUCAGUUCCUCUUGUGCUUCAGGCAUGAGCUUGUAUAAUGACCCACUGGUGAAUUGUGCAUCUCAGCUACUGCCUCCCUCUCCCGAUGUGCCGUUCUUCAGUGGGAAGGGCACACCGUUGUGUUGCUCUCUGGGGACCAACUCAUUGCUGUCACUGGCUUGUUCUUAUUCCGAAUGCUGCCAGCAGAACAUUUUGGUUUGUAGCCAGGCUUUUUCUAGAGUUCAGGGGUGCAAUACACUGUUAAGUAGCUGAAUACCUGUUAGCUCUGAGAAAUCAGCCAUGCUUGACCUUCUUGUCUCUAAAGGUGCCAUACAGAACUCUCUCACAAAUCACAAUGAUUAAAAUGUGCAGUAAAGCAGUUGUUCUUCUGUGUUUUC